GCCUAGGCACGAUCAGUUUGUUGGGCUUAACUUCGCCGAAUGCAUCAUUCAGUCAAAUGCUUACAACUUUUGGUUUAGCCGGGAUUGUGGGUUACCAUACGGUCUGGGAAGUGGUACCGGCCCUGCAUUCACCACUGAUGUCAGUGACCAAUGCAAUUUCGGGUAUUACGGCUGCGGCAGCGGUUUGUGUGAUGGGUGGUGGACUGUAUCCAACAAAUUCAGCACAAGCACUAGCAGCAGCUGCCACGUUCUUUUCCGCUAUCAAUAUUGGCGGUGGUUUCCUGAUCACAAAACGAAUGCUCGAUAUGUUCUGGAGGCCAAGUGAGCUCUACUGGUUUUCUUUUUUCAAUAUUGUUAGAUAUCCGGAACAGCUCUGUACUUGUUUUUUGAUUCCAUCACUAUGCAGCUGA